AUGGAUUUAAAAGAUGUCCUUUCGUCAAUGUCUGAACUUGCAGCAGUAUCUGUCCAGCAAGAAGAUUUGGAUGAUAGCAUCGAUAAUGUUAUAAGUCAGAUGAAGUCAUCUCUCCCGGAUGUUUCUUUUUCAGACAUAAAAACAUCGAAUGAUGCGAUUAAUUCAAAUUCGAACGAGAAUUCUAAAAAAAAUAUUGAAAUGAGCGACAACAAACAAAAUAUAGAAGAUAUCAGUAGAAGUAACUACGUAAAGUACAUCAUAAAGUACUAUUGUAAUUUUGCUAUAAUAGAGAAUGAAAAAUCUAAAGAUAAUUCGCAUAAAAGAAAAAAUGUUAAAGAUGAAACCACCGUAAAACCUUUCGUUCUAUUAUAUGAUGAAAACAAUAAAAUAAAAAUUCUAACUCAUUUUGAUGAACUCUAUGACGAAAACUUAUUGAACUACGAUGACAUAUGGGACUUAAUUAAGACAAACAAAAGUUCAGAUAUAAUAAAGCAUGAUCAUCAGUUAUUAAUCAAUAGCCACGAUAAGACUAUAGCAAGUUAUCUCAUAAAACAUCGUAUGUUAAUAAAAAUAAUGGAACAAGUGCAAAAUAAACCAGAACUUAUGGUUUUCAGCAACGUGCAGCGCACGUUGGCAGUUGGCAUUUGGCACGAAGGAGUUGAGAGUGUCCGGUCGUUCGGGUUUCUGGAAUUUGCCUGCGACUCUACGCCGCCAACGACGAUGAACAACGAACUCACGAUCGACAAGUUUCCCGCUUUGAGAUCGAAACAUGUUUACAUCAGGGACAAGGUCGCGGUCCUGGAAACAAUAAAUGCGAUUCGGCAAGGUGGCGUAAAUAAUCUGCAGAUAGUCACGGAUUUCGACUUAACCCUUACAAAGCAGCAUAUAGACGGCAGACAUGUACUCAGUAGCUUUGGUAUGUUCCGACAUUGCAAGCAAUUACCGCAACAAUAUUUGGACAAAGCUAAGGAUUUAUACAACAAAUAUAGACCUAUAGAGAUAGACCCAGAAAUGCCUAUGAAUAAAAAGGCAGAUGCUAUGCGCGAUUGGAUGAUGGCUGCACAAAAUUUAUUAAAAGGCAUCGAAUUUGAUCCUCAUGAAUUAGAAGAAGUAGCCCAAGCAUUCGACAACAUAUUGCGUGAUGGUACAGAAGAAUUUUUUGAAAAGCUAUAUAAUGUAAAAGUACCAAUUAUUAUAUUUAGCGCUGGUUUGGGAGACAUAGUGGAAGCUGUGUUGAGGUAUCACAAUGCUCUCUUCGAUAAUGUAAAAAUAUUCUCUAACUUUCUCAAGUAUAAUGGAAGUCAAUUGGAUGGAUUUAAGAACGACAUGCCUAUACAUGUAUACAACAAGAAUGAAUGUGCAUUGGAAAAGAAUUAUUUGAAGAUAUUUCAAAAGAGACAGAAUGUAUUGCUAAUGGGCGACACGAUCGGUGAUGCUAACAUGGUAGAAGGAAUAGAGGAUGCUAAGGUCGUCCUAAAAAUCGGCUUCCUUUACGAGCACGUGGAGGCUAGCUUAAAUUCAUUCAUGGAAAACUUCGAUAUCGUUCUCGUCGAUGAUCAAACGAUGCAAGUGCCGAUAGAGAUUAUACAAAAUAUCUUGUAAUAUUGUCUGUACCAAUACUCUCUUUCACCUGCGUGAACAUAUACACGUCUAUAAAGAUGUAAACAUCACGCAUACGUGAUCGCUUUGUAAUUUAAAAUAGA